AUGGCAUGGGAUGAAGCACACGCCGAGGAGAUAUGCCACCCACGUCAAUCACAAUGGCCUCUGAAAGAUGCACGAUUUCCAUGGCAUCAUCUUGUCUGGGUUGGAUCAGAGUCGGACACCGAGAUUGCCAAGCAACAUACUAAAUAUCACCCUUUACUUGCUCGAGAACCAUUUGCUUGCUCUGCCGGCCCAUGCACGUUCUCGGUCACUCUUGAAAUCUCGGAGCCUCGUGUCCCCUCCUGGUGGGCCAAUCUGCUGCUUGACAGAGAUGCUAUCCUCGAAGGCUUGCGCAUCGCCAAGGAACAAGACCCGGAGCGAUAUGCAGCAGCAACUGAGGAGUGGGCGAUGCAAGCACCCUUGAACUUGAACACGUACCUCAAGAAUUUGCUCGAGGCGGACUCUCAAGAAAACGCCCGAAGCAUUUCGAAGCGUAAUAAGAGAUUCUUUGUGCUUUUUGGCCCUCGAUGCUUCAGGAUAUUCAGAGAACUCGAGUUCAAGGAAACCAUCGAUGUGGCAGAAGACGGAGUGGAUGGGGGAUCUUUCACGCCUCCCAUUCCUCCACGACCAGAUACCGCUUCUGGGGCUACCGAGAUAGGCACAUAUCGCGGGUACAUUGAGGACGUGAGAGCUGAAAUUCAAUGCAUCAUCCAUAGUCGUGGUGAGCCCGCAGACCUGUGUACUCCCAGUCUCCACGCCGACUUGGGCUGUUCCGAAGUGUCAAACCCUAACGAGGUUUUCGUGAAACUUGAACGCUACAUGUUGAUGGGCGUGCUACCUAAUCAAUCGAGGGAGAUUGUCGUCAAUGCUUAUAAGAGACAGUGGGAUCUGCUGACCACCAAGCGACGAGAAUUGAUAGAUGCCUUGAUGGCUAUUGCUAACGAUCUCAAUGAUGAGCAGCUCACCGAGUAUGCCGUGACACAGUCAUCGGUUUUCGAGAGUCAGGUCCCGGUACAAACAAGCACCAAUUCUGAUGAUAGUGAUUUGACAACCCAAGCACUGUUGUUCUUUGGGCUGCAGCCACCAAAUCGCUACAAUGCAGACUCGAUAGUUGCGGCAUUCCGACGAAAAGUGACACAAGACCCUAGCUGUGCUACUACCGCCCGGAACAUGCUGAUGUUAGUUGGAGAAUCGUCCACUGACGAUAGCUAUCGUGCUCAGUUGGUGAUGGAAUAUGCGGAAGGAUUUUCUCUACCCACAGCGAAGGAAAUUCUUGGCUUGAGCGAGGCCAGUGGCUUCGGGUCCGAAACUCUGGACCUCGUCAAGGAGAAGAUCCGAAACGCCAAAGACAGGGAUGCAAAGACCACUUUCUUAGAUGCUAUGGAGAGGAUUGCUCUACAUACUAAUUCUACCGAUCUCAAAGAUGCUGUUGCCGAACUGCGACAACAAAAUGGCAUCGCAGCCUCGAAUGGAAGCACCAGUUUUGGUGGCUCAGCUCAAGCUGCCGACUACGAUCUUCCAGUUGGAUUGGAGAAUAUUGGAAACACCUGUUACCUUAACAGUCUUUUGCAAUAUCUUUUUACAGUCAAGCCCGUCCGAGAUAUCGCCGUCAACUAUAACGACUUCAAGUUGGAGUUGACUGAUGAGCAGAUCAAGAUGCGGUUGCUUGGUGGCAACAAAAUGCAAAUGGACCGUGGCGAGGCUGUCGUUGCUCAAGCUUUUGCCCAAGAGCUUUCUGAACUAUUCAACAAUCUUGAAACUUCGGAUAGGAUGGCAACGCGGCCCUCCCAGAGACUGGCCAAUGCCGUCCUCCUGUCCACUCACACUCUCCUCAACGACACUAAGAGCUCUGGGGAAGCUGCCACUGAAUCCAACCCGCCGCCGCUCCCUGAUAGACCUCCCCCUGGACCACCGGAAAAGGGGUCCAGUGAUGCUGAACUGGUUGCCAGCACCCUCAACGACGGUCGUGAUCAGAUUGACACAGCUAGCACUGUCAGCUCACAGACACUUGUUGAGGAAGAUUCUGAUCGUUCCUACGAGAAAGUUGAGACUUCUUCAGCGACUACGGAAGAUCAAGUGAUAGACACUGUUAUGGAAGUUGAACAAGAUGACGAUGUGGUUGAGAUCAAGGCAGAUGAUGCGACCACUGAGACCGUUGAGCCAACCGAAAAGACAAGCAACACCACUCAGGGUGAGACUCAGACCACUGACGUUAAGAUGACGGACAAUGAAGAGCCCCAGACGGUAGACCAGAAGGUACUGAAUGCUCUGGAGCACCAGAAGAGAUCGUCUGGUACUGACCAGCAGGAUGUUGAGGAAGUAAUGGGCAGCAUUCUCAACCGCCUUCAGGCUGCUAUUCGCCCAUCGUCUGUUGACGAAUCGACAGGGAUACAGCUGGAAAAGAUCAUGGAAACCUUCUUUGUGACCACGAUCAAUUAUACCAAGAAGUUCGAUGAUACCGUCUAUCAGAAAGAAAUCAGUUUUGAUCGAUCUAUCACGGCUUUCCCUGCUCCCCAAGGUACAUGCUCUCUGUACGAUGCGCUGGGUCGCAAUUUUGAUCAGCAGAUCAUUGAAGAAAGCAAGCUUUCACGAUACACUUCCAUCCAGACACUACCCCCUGUCUUGCAUGUUCUCAUUCAGCGCUCGCAAUCUAUGGGUAACAAGAAUGGUAACCCUGUAGAAAUUCCCGAGACGUUGUACCUCGACCGAUACAUGGAUGCUCCCCACGACUCGUCAACUUUCCAAGACAGGGUCAAAGGCUGGGCAAACGCCAGCCGUAUAUCUGACAUUCAAGCCCACAGGGCUGCAGUAGAGGGCACGGCUCCAACUGGGCCUUUGAUCGAGAGCUUUGAGCUCGAAGAACAAGCAAGCGAGAUUGUCACAACUGGGGCAGAAGAAAGCACAAUGAUAGAGAGUGCAGACGGCCUGGAAGAGAACUGGGACUUCGAUGGCACGGUAGAUGACGAUUAUCUUCUCAUCAAUCGACCUAAAAGUAAGGCAACAUCCGUAGUUAACAUCCCUCCCAAGCCACAUAACAUUAUAGAGACCGAGGCCGCGAUCGGAGAGAGAAUGAAGACUGAGCUAGGAGAGAGGGAAGAAGCUCUCGAGAGAUACUACUCUGGACUGAAAAACAACCCAUACAGACUACACGCAGUCAUUUGUCAUCGUGGCCAGCUGAUGUCUGGUCACUAUUGGGUAUGGAUCUAUGACUUCGAACAAGACGUUUGGCGAAAGUACAACGACUCCAGCGUUGAGGUUAAGCGCAGCACGGCCGAAGUUUUGGCGAUACUGAGCACCAGUGGUGAACCCUACUUUCUUUGCUACGUCCGUGACGAAGACAAAGAGAAGUUUGUUGAUGUGCCUCGACGCCGAAGACCGUCACCAUCUUCUGAUUCUCCAAUGCAAGGAAUUGACGCCGACGGGGACAUUGAAGUUGCCAACAAUGAGCCGGCCGCAACCACGACGCCUUUUCAGGGACAAAAGGGUGACUAG